AUGAUGAGUCUAUUAUUAUAUUCGGCGCUGCUGGCGCAUUGCAGCAUCGGUCUUUUGGUCCACGCCCAAAUCGAGUGUGUGGCAAAUCAGAAAUAUUUAGAUACAGUACAAGUGGAACUACAGAAGCUGGAAAUACUGUUUAACUAUAAAGUGAAGUGGUUUAAACAGUUUUGCAAUGUGGACGACGAAACCAUUAACCGUUUUAUUCUGAAGAAUCCCCCAAAUUAUGGGCAGCCUCCAGAAAAUGUGAAUCGACCACGAAAUAUUUCAUUUGUAAUCCAAUUCCCAGAAGGAUCUUUAUGUAAUCCAGAACGUAAUGACCAGCAAAAUGAAGAUGCUCUACCGACAUAUCCAACUUGGCGACCAUAUCCGGCAGAUGUCGACCCUCAGACAAACGCAAAAUUACUUCUGCCUCUUCAGAACGAGAACUCUCCAACUUGGCGACCAUAUCCAACCGAUUAUAAUCCCGACAAAGCCUACCCGACAUAUAAUCCCGGUCAAAUAUAUGAUCCUCAACAAAAUCAGAACGUGAACUUUCCAACAUAUCAAACCAGUAAUCCAUAUCCGAGCUUGCCCACAUACAAUCCCGGACAACAAUAUCCUCCUCCCCAAAACGAGGGCUAUCCACCUGCUCAAACACAUCAAACCAAUUAUCCAUAUCCGAGCUUGCCCACAUAUAAUCCCGAACAACAGUAUCCUCCUCAGCAGAACCAGAGCUAUCCACCUUGGCAAGCUUAUCCAACUAGCUAUCCAUAUUCGACAUUGCCAACAUAUAAUUCCGGUGAUCAGAAAGCGAAGCCAUCAUAUGUGACGCAGUUAACUUCAGAAUAUCCACAUCUUCCUGUCGACGGCGUAAUAACGAUAUUUGUUGAGUGCCCGUUUCAUAAGCAAUACGAACAGUUACAACUUACUGAGCAUUCUGAAUCACAAGCACAGACAGAAGUAAGCAUUCAGUUUCAGGAUGCUCCUCCACCAAUAGCUAACCAGAAGCCGCCCUUGGAUUUCACUGAUUCCGACAUUAAUGCAGAUUCUCAUUUGAGCACAGUUCAGCUGAUCGUUAGACAUAAUUACCCUGUGGAGACGCAUUAUGUAACGACAGAGGACGGCUACGUGCUGAGUGUGCAUCGCAUACCUCGACCCGGUGCAAAGGUCGUGUUGCUGGUGCACGGACUCAUGUCCAGCUCAGCGUGUUGGGUGCAAAUGGGCCCGACGAAUGGUCUGGGCUAUAUACUGUACGAUCAGGGCUACGACGUGUGGCUUUUGAAUACGCGCGGCAACAUCUAUUCGCAGAAUCAUGUAGAUCCCCAUCUCGCGCCAUCUGAGUACUGGGCUUUCUCGUUCCAUGAAAUUGGCAUCUUCGAUUUGCCGGCAACGAUUGAUCAGAUCCAGUUAAUUACUGCACAGCCGUAUAUACAAUAUAUUGGCCACUCGCAGGGCUCUACCGCCUUCUUUGUGAUGGCCAGUGAGCUACCCGAGUACGCUAAAAAAGUGACCUUCAUGCAGGCUCUCUCGCCAACGGUCUAUAUGCAAAAUACAAACAGUCCAGUGCUGCGAUUCUUGUCCCUGUUUAAGCGAAAUAUCAGAGUUCUGCUCAACUUGGUUGGUGGAUUCUCCAUAGCCAAUGAUAACAAACUAAUCAAGCAAUUCCGAGAUCACAUCUGCGAGAACGAUCAAAUGGGCAGCGAAAUAUGCCGCAUCUUUGACUUUGUGUUGUGCGGUUUCGGCUGGAACGAGUUCAAUAGUACCUUUGCACCUGUUGUCGCUGGUCACUCGUCGCAGGGCGCGUCUGCCUAUCAGAUCUAUCACUACUCUCAGCUGCUCAAUAACAACGAAUUCAGUGCCUUCGAUAAUGGCGAGGUGCUCAACUUACAGGAAUACGAUAGACCCAGCCCGCCGCCCUAUAAUCUCACUCAGAUCUCCUGCAAAGUGGCAAUACACCAUUCCGAAGACGACUGGCUAGCGACCUUGCCCGAUGUUACUCAGCUGAAGAAUCAACUAAGCAAUGUUGUCGAUUACGCGAAAAUUUCGCAAGACGGCUUCAGUCAUUAUGACUAUUUGUUAUCGCAAAACGUUCAAGGUCUGGUCUACGAUCGGCUAGUCAGUAACUGUGCUAAGUAUGGCCAAUAUGUCACUUAUCAAUAAGACAAUUUGGUUCUGGUUGAAUAAAAUAUAUCUGAACAGCU